AUGAGAUCUGCAUUCUUAAUAAGUAAAUUGGGAAUUAUUUUGGAAUUGGUUUUGGCUGGAAAAGACCUAGAUUUGCCAACUAUUUGCCCAAACAUAAUCACUAGAGUCCAAUGGAAUGCCAGAAGACCUCACGCUUUUGACUAUUUGAUUAUUCCUGUUAUCAAUGUCAUUAUUCAUCAUACAGUUACGCCAAAAUGCAAUACACAAGAAAAAUGUACAGCUAUACUUAGGGAAAUUCAAAAUUUUCAUAUGGAUACUCUGGAAUUUCAUGAUAUAGGGUAUAAUUUUAUGAUUGGAGAUGACGGAAGAGUGUAUGAAGGUGUUGGUUGGCAUAGAAUUGGAGCCCAUACUCGUGGAUAUAACUCUAGGUCUAUAGGAAUUGCACUUAUAGGAAACUAUACAGAUAUCCUCCCGAACUCAAACAUGUUUCUAGCUCUAAAAAAGUUACUGGCUUGUGGCGUAGAGCUUGGAGAGCUGGACAAAAAUUAUAAACUAUUUGGAGCAAGACAAGUCAGCGGAACUGCUAGUCCUGGCCAUAGACUUUUUGCAGAAAUUAAGAAGUGGCCUCAUUUUACUCGUAAUCCAUAGCAGUAUUCUGGAUAGGUAAACCCAGUCCUUUUAAGAAGUGACAACAUUGUUUCUAUUUUGUUUUCCACCUAGUAGUAAGUUAUUGCUGCUUUAGUAAACUUAAUUCAGUAAUUUAUUUAUUCGUAUUUGUUAAACAAGAAAUAAAAAAAACAUGAUCAAGAUUUUUUUCUGAAAUACAAUCCUAAAACAUUGUAAAUAUUGGAACAUCAGUAUGAGCACCCAACCCAACGAUGUAUAAAAUGUUCAACUAAAUAAAUUGUCAAAAGCGCAUAUCUCUUUUGAAUUGGAAUAUCUUG